AUGAAAAAAGGUGUUCCAUUUGAAUGGGAUCAGCAGUGCCAAAAUGCUUUUAAUAGUAUUAAGGAGUAUCUUUUGAAGCAUCCAGUACUCGUGAGCCCAAUAAAAGGGAAACCACUCUUGUUGUACACAACAAACCUGGAUGGUUCGUUAGGGGCACUGUUGGCACAACACAAUGAGCAUGGGAAAGAAAAUGCCUUGUAUUAUUUGAGUCGUACUCUGGUUGAGACAGAAGUCAAUCAUUCUCCUGUCGAAAAGACAUGUCUUGCCUUGGUGUUCGCCUUGCAAAAACUAAAGCACUAUGUCCUGGAAUGCAAAGUCAAGUUGAUAUCAAGAGCAGACCCCUUGAAAUAUAUACUUUCAGGAAAAAUUACAAAGUGGGCUGUAAUUCUCCAACAAUUCGCAAUCGAAUAUGUUCCCCAAAAAGCUGUAAAGGGGCAGGCUCUAGCAGAUAUUUUGGUAGCACAUCCUAUACCUAAUGACUCACCUCUAGUAAUUGAUUUACCAGAUAAAGAGGUUAUGCAAGUAGAAAUCCAGAAAGGAUGGAAGGUGUAUUUCGAUGGAGCUUCAAGGAGUCCAGAUGGCAAGAAGCAAGAAAAUCCUAAAAACAAUAAAGCUGGAAUUGGAAUUGUGUUUGUGACUCUAGACAAUGCUAUAAUCACCCAUUCUUUUGCCUUAAGUGAAAGAUGCUCCAAUAAUAAGGCAGAAUAUAAAGCUAUAAUUGCUGGAUUAGAAUUGGCAUUACAAAUUCCUAUUGAAGGACUCUCAAUUUAUGGAGAUUCAAAACUGAUGGUAAAGCAACUCCAUGGAGAAUACAUUGUUAUGAAAACAAGUCUCAUCUCGUAUCAUAAAAGGGCUGAUCAAUUGUUUUCGCAAUUCUGGAAAACACAUAUUUUUCACGUGAAGAAAAGAAUAAACAAUCGAGCGGAUUCACUAGCAAGUUUGGCUGCAUCACUCACCCUACCAGAUAGCAAAACAAUUACUAUCACAGUAGGCGAAAGAAAAGUGUUACAACCUUUAAAAGAGGUUUCUGACUUGGUUCCAAUCUUGGUCGUUACCACGAAAGGAGAAAGCGAUGAGGAUUGGCAGGAACCAUUCAUAGCUUACCUUCAACAUGGUAGGCUACCUGAAGAUAAAGUAAAAAGAAUUGAAGUGAGACGUAGGGCUACCAAAUUCGUCCUGUGGAAAGAUAGGUUAUACAAAAGGUCUUUGGAUGGAAUGUACAUGCGGUGUAUAGCUAAGGAGCGUAUUCAAGAGGUAAUGGCAGAAAUACACGUAGUUGUAUGUGGGACACACCAAAGUGGUCCUAACUUACAUAUGCAGCUAAAACGGUUCGGAUACUAUUAG